AUGAUGGAUAUGGUGAAAAGCUCUCAAGAAAAUAGAAAUAAAAAGCAGGAACUGGAUGAUCUAGAUACAUUCUUUCUAAGCAUGAGUAAAACUAUGAAAAAACUCCCAAGACUGGAUCAAAUUCGAAUUAAAAUGGAUUUGCUUAAAGCUAUAAGUGAAGCAGAGAUCAAACCACUGGAGUCACAAAAAAAUGUUUUGAGAACAACAAUUGCUAUUAGGAGUGACAGAAGCAGCCUAAACCGCCAUAAUGUAAAUUCUACUUCUGGGAAUUUGGUACAACCCCACAUUUCAUAUUCUUCCUCAUCCCAGUUUAUCUAA